AUGUGUCUCUGUCUCUCUCUUCCCUGUCUUUGUCUCUCCUCCUCAGGCUCAGUGUCUCUCAGUGUAUUCCUGCUUUCUGUUGCAUUCGUAAUAUGUGCUGUUUGGCUGGUAGCUCUUUGUGGCGUCUGCACCUGGUGUCAGCGUAAACUGGGGAAGAGGAAUAAGCCAGGGGUGGAGGCUGCUAGCUCUCCAGAUUCUGUGAGAGGUCGAGGGGAAAAUAAAGCCAUCAAUGACCUAGACAGAGACUUUUGGAAUAACAAUGACAGCAGCAAUGUGCAGCAGAGGUGGAGCUCCUACCCACCCAAGGAGUUCCUCUUGAACAUGUCUCCCUAUGCUCCCUAUGGAGACCCUCGCCUCACGCCCAAUGGGGCUGUGGAUAGGGGUGGGCAGGGUGGUGCUGGGCCCUCACCAGGGACCAGUGACAGCGGGGGUGGCGCUUGCUCUGGUACGGGGGCAGGCCCGAGCCGCAGUGACAGCAUUCGCAGCAUGGUGACGGGGGGCAGCAAGGCCGGGCGCUGGCAGACUGUCCAGAGCCACAUGCAUGCUGGAGGCCUUCGGUUUGGCAAUUUUGGGGAUGCCUCGCUCUCGUCUGCCUCCACCCUGGAGCACAUCCCAUCCUCGGCUGUGGCGCGCCCUCGACCCCUGGUCCGGCAGCAGAGUCUCCAACAGCCCCUCACUCACCAGCCCCCUCCGGGCCCCAACGACCCCCCAGUCACUUCACAAAGCCUGGGCCAGCUUCACACAGGUCCAGGCGGUGGGGGCCACCGUGGGGGCCCGCGGGGUGUCCGGGGGAGUCCGGCUGGAGCCUCUCGGCACAGAGGAGGGGGCGCCGGCCGAUCGAGGUCAAAUCCAGGCAGCUGGGACCACAUGAUGGAGCAGAUCCGCAACAGAGGUCUGGACGUCAAGUCGUUCUUUGAAGGGAAGAUGGUUGUUCUGUCUCUAGCAAUCGGGCUGGCUGAACAGGAUGACUUUGCCAAUCUCCCAGAUCUUCAGGAAGCACCGGCAAGCAAAGAAAAUGAAACCACACCAGACAAAAGGUAA